CCAUUAGAAUAUGGAGUUUUCCUUCUCUAUAUAAAGGGGCACAUUUAAUAUAAUUCUCUUCAACAAUUUUCCUCGCUUAGGGUUCGCUGAUAUGUCUUCUUCAACGGUUUUAGAAGUUAUGCGUGGGCGCCACGAAGAAAUCGAGCGAUUAGAGCGGAGUAUCGUGAAGGAACUCCAGAUGGAGCCGGCCGCCGCCGGCGGACUCCACCGUGUUCGAGCCAUGAUAAAACGAAUCAUGGAAGUCACCAACAAACUUGUUGCAGCUUACGAGGACAGUGACGGUAGUAUGAAGUAUGAAAUUGAAGCUCUAGGAGCAGGUUAAAUGGAAUCCUUCAGAAUUACCAUCCCUGCCCCCCUCCCGAGCCUGAUCGUUUCCCUGUCGAUGAUGAUGUUUAUGAUCCUGACAUUGAUUUCAGUGGGGAGGAAGCAUCGGGACGAUACCUUGAUUUGCACGAAUUGUUUCGGGAGUAUGUUAACUCAAUGUUUGGGGAGCGAAUCGGUUAUUCUGCUUACAUUGGUGUUUUUUCACGACCACAUGAGGUGAUACCUCUCAAUCUGAGGCUGUCCAAAGAGGGGCAGUACAAGCAGUACGUACCUGCAGAAAUUAUUGGCCUACCUCGUACACUUCAUCGAGCGGACCGAGCCUUUGCAAGACAUUGACGCGAUCCUCUCAAGACUCGCAACUGAAUUCGAAGAGCAAUGGGCCUCCAAUGUUAGUCAAGUAAUUGUACGUCUUGAAGAGUAUGCUACGGUUGAAGAAUUGAGGAUGAAAGUAAGGCCAGAUGGCUGAACAAAUGGGGACCUGAUCUUGAAGAGGAGUAUGAAGAUCAAGAGGGUAACAUUUACAACAAAAAGACAUUCGCCGAUCUGCAGCGCCAGGGUCUGAUUUAAUCAGGGAAUUCAAAUGUUGUUGGAGUUCCAAUAACAACAAAUGGAGAUCUUCAGAACCGGUUUGUAGAGACAAAUGUUGGUUUAGAUACUAUAUGCAAGGUGAAUUCCCAGCUCAUUAACGUCUGCACAGAUCAGCGGAGAAGUUAAGGAUUACAAAUAAAUACCAUGGUGAUAUCCUAUUGCCCAAGGGUCUUAUUGAAAGUGGAACUCGUGAUCGGGUCUACUCUAUGUACAUCCGGGUGUACGGUAUACAUCCUCGCCUCACUAACAACUAAUUUUUAUAUUAAAAACAUUAAGGUUCG